AUGCUUCAAGUCCCGUCCUCUGCUCUAGUUUUGGAAUCCAUUGCUGCGACGAACGCCACCUUCGUUCCCAGUAUUGCCAGCGCCAUGGACCCUUCUUCCCUCCCUCGUCUCAUUUGGGACCUAUACCUCGAAUACCUCUGGUACUACUCCCCAAACUCGUGGGUCGCUCGCAUUGCCUAUGGCUUUCGCAUUGUCGCCAUAUUCCUUGUAUCUCCCAUAGUAGUCAUUACUCUGCUCGAUCUCGCGUCAUACGGUGUUGCUCGCACCCUUGGUAUCGUUGAUGUCGUCAAAGCUUCCACCAGCGAUUCUGCAUCAGCCGGCCUCAACAUCCCCGCCAUGAACGUCGACGAUGUCACCCCGCUCGACUCACUUGAUACAUCAUCACCUCAUGCCUAUUUCACGUCGGACGAAAAUAAGUUGUCUGGGGUUGAUGGGUUGUCUCCAGUUGUCUCCAGAGCCGCAUCUCCUACAAUCACUCGACGGCAAUUGCCUGAGGAAGGUACUAAAGCCCUCAUUGGGGAUGUCGGAGGAGAUGAACUACAUUUGAGGAGACGACAGAACCAGACGGAGGUCAAGGAAUGA